UUUAUUUACUAUUAAUUCUUUGCUAAAUUAUUUUAUGAACUUCUACAUGCAAAUUUGAAAUAGUAUAGAAAUUUCUGUACAUGAAUAAUUGGUAGCACUGGUUGAAAUACAGUACAAUACAGCGAUCUGUAUUGCAAAAGCAUUUUUAUCGUACGUGUGCUACUCUUGUAAUUGAGAAGUUAUUAUUGUGAAUGUAAUUUGUGAGUAUAAUUCAUGCUUUCGAUAAUAGUAUUAUCUAAUCAUGUCAAUACAUAUUAUGUACAUUUAUAAACUUAUAUAAAUAGAUAGAAAAGAACAAGUUUUAUUUAAGAAUUAUUAUUUUUUCAUUCCUGCAAAUAAUGGCAUAAGUUUUAUUAAUUAUAUCUUUGUACGAUUAUUAUAUAUACUUUUAUCUUUUGAUUAAUUAAACGUGUGAUUUCAUGUGUAUUAUGUAUUUUCAUAAUUUGUCUGGCUUACAUUUAUUUAAUUAUUAAUCUAAACUAAUUUAAAAAUUAAUUUAUGCAAUGUUUGCUUAUAUUAUCUCUCUGUUCCAAGGAAAUUCUAGAUAUAAUUAAAAAAUGUUUAUUAAAAAACAUGAUUUCAAAUAUAAUUAUUAUAAUUUUGAUGUUAUAAAGUCAAAUAAUAUUUAUUAGAGGAAAAAUGGUUUACUUAUGUAUUACUAAUGAAGUUAAUUACUUCAUUAUUACUAUUGGUUUAAAUGGUUUAUAUACAAUGGUUGCCCACACUGUGCUUCUUGACUUUACAGUACCAUCAAAUGUAAUAGUAGAUGUGGAGAAACGAUCCAAUCUAAAAAUAGCAAUUGCUAAUGUCCUUCAAGAACACUUUGAUAGUCUAAAGCCAUUAACUGAAUCAAGCAUUGAUGGAAGCUUUUUAGUCUUAUACACAGGUCCCAAAGGUAGUCUAAUUACAGUUCGAGGAUAUACUGAAGGCUUAAUCACUGUUAACAUUGAAUAUUAUAAAAGAGAUGAAGAGGAAGCGCUCUUGGAUUUUGAGUUGGCCAGAGAAUUGGAGACAACGUUGCAGGCGGCAGUAGCCUCUACGCGUUCCCACUCGCUUACACCGAUUAAACGCGGCGGACCUUUUGAGAGAUACUUUCCUACCGCCGAUGAUAGACUACUUGAAUAUGACAUUGAUAAGCUGGUUUUUGAAGCACGUUCUCCCUACCAAAAAGUGCAAAUUGUUCAUUCAAAAUCAUUGGGAAAUCUAUUGGUUCUUGAUGAAUUACAAAAUAUAUCUGAAGCAGAUCUGAUAUAUACAGAAACUUUGAUGCAACGUGGAAAAGAAAAUUACACGGGGAAAGAAAUAGUUAUUUUAGGAGGAGGAGAUGGUGGCUUACUCUGGGAGUUGCUUAAGGAGAAACCAAAAUUCGUAACUAUGUUAGAGAUUAUUGUUGGAGAUUGUGCAAAAACUCUAGCACACAUGAUUGAAGAAGGCCGACAAUUUGAUUAUGUUUUCGGUGACCUUACAGACAUACCAAUUAGCCCAACCCCACAUGGGGAUGCAUGGGAUUUUAUUAGACUGAUUUUAAACUCUUCAAUGAGAGUUCUGAAAUCUACAGGAAAAUACAUGACUCAUGGAAAUGGAGCAUCUUGUCCACAGUCUCUAGAAAUGUAUGAACAAGUUCUUUCACAGCUCUGUGUACCCAUAACUUUUACCAAAGAUAGUGCUUUUGUACCCUCUUUUUUCGAAGAUUGGGUCUUCUACCAAGUAUCUCGCAAAUUUUUUGUUAACGAAUCGGUUCCUGAAAAAGAUGAUCCCGAUGCUGGACAUGAAAUCCCGAUUGACACUACUACGCUGGCGUCUGUACAUACAAAAGGUGGUGGUUAUCUGUAUUUAUUUGUUUAUUUAGUAAUUAAUAAACUAUACAAAGGUGCUCAAUUAUUUUUUCUACUAACUGUCAAUAAUCAAAUUAAGUUACCCAGUGGUUCGUUACAAGUAAACUCAAAAGCAAUACAACUAUAUUACUGUACAAAUAACUUUAAUAAAACAAAGAUAGAAUUACAUGAAAUUUUAAUCACACAUAUACAAACAUACUUUUUAUUAACACAUAUUUUUAAUAUAUUUAAAAUUCAAAUUGCAUUUAUUAAUAUUUACUAAACAAAUAUUUUGUAGAUGUAUAUAAAAGCACGAACUGUUGCAUGAGGUAUAAUAUGUAUUAAGUAAUAAAAAGUUAAGGAGUAUACAUAGAACUACUGAAACUGAUUUUUUAUCAAUUAUUAUUAAACUGAAGAUAUUGAUAUUUUUUGUUUAAUUUUUUAUAAAAAAGGAAAACGAUUUAUAUUAAAAAUAAACUAAUAAAAUAUUUUAUCAUUGGUACAUAAUGAAAUAUAAAUUAUAACCAUAAAUAUUAGUUAUAAAUUAAUAAAUAAUAUUAAUUAAUAUAAAAAAUUAUUUUAAUAUGAUUAGCAGCUCCUCAGUAUUAAUUAAAAUACAAACUUAUUUAUUAUUCUUGAACUACUAAAAAGAACAUUUUGUAAUUAAUUAUUAUUAGUACAUAUAAAUAAAUAAAGUGAAAUACAAAUAAUUCAAACAGUAAAAAAUUGUUCCCAAAUUGAGGUUCCUUAGCUUAUGAAAAAUUAAAGAUAAAUUGUAAAAACGGUGGGCUGAGCAAGUUAUUUAAUUAAAUACAGCUUUCAUGUUUCUAAGUGGAACUUGGUACAAACAUAAGCAUCUGAUAUUUCAGGUAAUUUUUCCACUUCGUGAAUAGUUGGUUCUAUUUCUGUCUCUAAAAGUAUUUGAUCUAACCAUUGUUGGACUUGCUCUGUAUGUCUAUGAGAAUUAUGUUGUUCUUCUAUGAUAUUUCUUUUUGAAUUCCUAUAAUUUUUUGCAAUCUCUUGUUCAUUUACAUCUUCAGUAGUCUGAUGAUUAAAAUCAUUUUUUUGUGAUUCUGUACCUAUCUUCGAGGAAUGAUUAAUAUCAUUUUCAGAAUCUUUCUCUUGAAAAUCGGAAAUAUGACUGGAAUUUCCUGAUAAGUUUAUUAUACUAGAUGACUUUAAUUCGUUAGAAACAUCAUCUAUGUUUUCAUCUUCUGUCAUACAAGAAAAUUCAACUUCUGUAUUAGAAGGAACAAUUCCUGUAUUCUUGAUAGAUUUAUCAAAACAGACAUGAUCUUUAUUUAUGUCUUGAUAUUCUUCAAUUUUAUAAGGUUCCAAAUUAGUUACAGCUGUUGUAUUAGAUCCUACGAGCUCUAUUCUUCCAAAUUGUUUUAUUUGUUCUUCCAAGGUAUGUUUGUCAUUUAAUAUUGCUAUAGACGGAGGAAGAAUUUCUUGACUGGACAAUGCCAAAGAUACUUGCUGUCUAUAAAUUGCUUCUGAUUGUCGUAGAAGUUGUUUUUCUCUAGCAUACAAUGUUUGCGCCAAUUGUGCAAAACAUAUUUUUAUUUCUUCUUGAACCUUAAAAUUAAGUAUAUUAUUUCAAUUAAAAUAUUUAUACAAUUAUAUUUAUAUGUAAAUUAUAUGUAUUCUGUAAAUCACUGAUAUUGUUAAAGAAAUAAAACUGUGUAUAUAAGAGAAAUAUAAAGCUAAGAACAAAAAGACAAAAUUAUGAUUGAAGUAGUAAAAUAUCAAAUAAUUCAGUUAUACAUAAUAAUGAAUGAAAAGAUAGUUCGAAAAUCAUAACCCCAUAAAACAAUUAUUAUAUAAACAUAUAAUUAUCAAGAAAGAAUUACCUGAAGAAAUUGUUUCUCCAAAAAUGUUCUUUUGUCAGCUAUUAAUCGUAUUCUGACAAGAUGACUGUCAUUAUCGCUAUUUUCUUCAUUCUUUUCUAUCAUGUUAUUUAUUUAACGUAUAUACUAAAAUGAUUAAUUUGUUAGUUGCUUUGUUAGCAACAGUACGUAAAAUUAAUAUUUAUUAAUUAGUUAGUUUAGAACAGUUAGUUAG